AUUGCCUCCCUCCUCCUGUUCAUAAUCGGCUUGAGCAUGUCCAUCACCUUUUGCUACUUUAGGAAAAACCUCCGUCUGCUCUGCCUAUCUGCCCUUAACGCCUCUGAGCUCGACAUCAAACCCAAAGCCAUGAGCGAGAGGAACGGACGGCCCAAAUGAGCCAGGGGAUAGUUCAAAUGAUGGAGGAUCCGGGUAUUUUGAGAACCAACGUUCACCAGUCGGGAACAUCCAUGGGCAUCUCUAUCGGCAUAGCCUUCCUCCUUGUAAUCAUAUUUAGCUCGAGCAUUGCCAUCGCCUGUUGCUACUACCGGGAUAGAUUCCAAUCACACCAUCAAUCCAGCCCCGAACCUGACAUCGAACAACCACCCUUGAAACCCGAAGCAAUGGGAGAGGGUUCAAAGUUCAGGCACGGGGAGAGCUUGCCGGUGCUAAUGCCAGGGGAUCGGGUACCAAAGUUUGUCGCGCUGCCAUGCCCCUGUGAACCUCCACGAGAAGAGAAGAAGGUUGUCGAAAUGCAGAAAGCCACUGCUGCAAUAGCCUUCUCAACUGUAUCAUGACAUGUAAAACUAAAAGUUCGAUUGAUUUGAUUAGCACUGUAUUUUGUAAGGAUUACUAGGAGCAAAUAGGUCUGUAACUGUAAGUUCUUAGCGUGCUAGGAAGGGGAAAACUGGAGCUUUUUUUCCGAUGUUACAUCGAAAAAAAGUUGAUUUAAAUGGACUUGUCGGUACACGUGUUAUGAAAAUCUACGGUUGAAGUGGCAGCUUAUAUAUAAUCCAUAAAACACUAGAUUGGUUCGCCA